AUGGUUUUAGCUGAUUUGGGUAGGCGUAUUAACGCCGCGGUGGGUGAUUUCUCGUCAUCCUCUGCCGCAGAUGACUCGGGCAUCGAGGCGAUGUUGAAGGAGAUCUCGAACGCGCUUCUCGAGUCGGACGUGCACUUCCAGCACGUCAUCAAACUCAGAAACAGCAUCAAGAAGCAGCUCGCAGAGCAGGCGGACGCCAGCAGUCGCGCAAACAAGCGCAAGUUGAUCCAAAAGAUCGUGUACGACGAGCUCGUGGCGUUGGUGGACACGCAAGCCGAGCCGUACAAGCCGAAAAAGAAUAAGAGCAAUGUGAUCAUGUUUGUGGGUACUCAGGGUGCGGGUAAGACCACGUCGUGCACGAAGUUGGCGGUGUACUACCAGCGCCGCAAGUUCAAGGUUGGAUUGGUGUGUGCAGACACGUUCAGAGCCGGUGCGUUCGACCAGUUGAAGCAGAACGCGACAAAGGCAGGGAUCGCGUUUUAUGGGUCCUACACGGAAAAUGACCCGGUCAAGAUCGCGCGCUUGGGGGUGGAGAAGUUUAAGGAAGCCAAGUACGAAAUUAUCAUUGUGGAUACCUCGGGGAGACACAAGCAGGCGGAGGAGUUGUUUGUGGAGAUGCAAGAGAUUGACGAUGCGGUGAGCCCGGACCAGACCAUUUUGGUGUUGGAUGCCACCAACGGGCAGAAGGCGCAGGACCACGCGAAGGCGUUCAAGGAGGCUUCCAACUUUGGGUCCAUUUUCUUGACCAAGUUGGACGGUGCGGCCAAGGGUGGUGGGGCAGUUUCGGCGGUCGCGGCCACCCAGACCCCUAUCGCAUUCAUCGGUUCCGGUGAGCACGUGCAGAACAUCGAGACCUUUACUCCAAAGCAGUUCAUCGCCAAGUUGUUAGGGAUUGGUGACAUCCAGGGGCUUAUGGAGCACGUGCAGUCGCUAGACCUCGACCAGAAGGAUACGAUGAAAAACUUUUCCGAGGGAAAGUUCACGCUCAACGAUUUCCAGACCCAGAUCGGCAAUGUCAUGAAGAUGGGGCCGUUGUCGCAGAUUGCCAACAUGUUGCCGGGUGGCAUGGGCCAGUUGAUGAACCAGGUCGGUGAGGACGAAACGUCCAAGCGCAUCAAACGCAUGCUCUACAUUAUGGACUCCAUGACCAAGCAGGAGCUUGCCUCGGAUGGAAAGAUCUUCACGGAGGAACCGUCGCGCAUCAUCAGGGUGGCCAGGGGCUCUGGCACGUCGGUUACCGAGGUCGAAAUGGUGUUGUUCCAGCAGCGCACCAUGGCUCGUAUGGCGCAGUCGACCAAGGGCAUGAUGGGUGGGGCUGGUGGCAUGCCAGGCAUGCCGGGUGCCGGUGCGGGGGGCAUGGCCAACAUGGCCAAGAACUUGACCCCAGGGAACAUCCAGCGCGCCAUGGCGUCCAUGCAGAACAACCCACAGAUGAAGCAAAUGAUGCAGGGCAUGAUGGGCGGCGGCGGCAUGCCAGAUAUGAACGAGAUGAUGGGCAUGAUGCAGCAACCACAGAUGCAGCAGCAGAUGCAGGGGAUGAUGCAAAAUCCGCAGAUGAUGCAGAACAUGAUGAAGCAAUUUGGGAUGGGCUAG